GAGGAGGGAUCGUUUUCAUUGCGACUCUUUCGUUUCCUUUGUGUUCGACUCCGAAUACCGUUUAAUAUCUCUCCCGAUUUGUCUCUGCUUUAUCAGUCACAGGACACAAUCGAUUCGUCCCUUUUCUGAUUUUAAAUAACCCUAGUCGCACUCUUUCGGAACUUAAAACCCUAGGCUGCUUUUACCUUUUCCUCUCCUCCUCUCACGUCGGUUGGAAAGGCUCACUCAACAACUUUUGAAGUGUGAUCGGAGAGGAUUGUCCAGUUGGAAUUUGGCCUACUAGUUGGGAAGUGAGAUGUCCAGGUUCCAUGUUGGUGGGAAAGUUGUGGAUAUUGUUGAUUUGCUGAGGAAGAGACACUUGUCAUGGCGCUUGGACGUUUGGCCUUUCGCCAUUAUAUAUGCUGCUUGGAUAAUUGCUAUUGUUCCUAGCUUAGACAUUGUCGAUGCCUCCAUAGUUCUUGGUGGUCUUGUAGCUGUUCACGUUCUGGUUUUUCUCUUCACUGUUUGGUCAGUGGAUUUCAAAUGUUUUGUCCAAUAUUCUAAGGUUAUUGAUGUUCACCAUGCAGAUGCAUGCAAAAUUACUCCGGCUAAGUUCUGCGGUUCGAAGGAAGUUGUGCCACUUCAUACCCAGAAGCUGGCAGAUUCUUCAUCCUCAGUAUAUCUGGAAGAGAUUUAUUUUGAUUUUAGAAAGCAACGAUUCAAUUUUUCAAAGGAGAAGGAGACUUUUUGUAAACUUCCUUACCCUACCAAGGAAACAUUUGGCUACUAUCUCAAAAGUACUGGCCAUGGCUCUGAAGCUAAAGUUGUUACUGCAACUGAGAAAUGGGGACGGAAUAUGUUUGAGUAUCCUCAACCCACGUUCCAGAAAUUAAUGAAAGAGCACUGCAUGGAGCCCUUUUUUGUAUUCCAGGUCUUCUGCGUGGGUCUCUGGUGUUUGGAUGAAUACUGGUAUUACAGUUUGUUCACCCUAUUUAUGCUGUUCAUGUUUGAGUCAACAAUGGCAAAAAGUCGUCUAAAAACUCUAACUGAGCUAAGACGUGUGAGAGUGGAUGGGCAGACUCUAAUGGUGCAUCGCUGUGGGAAGUGGGUGAAACUCUCUGGAACAGAUCUUCUGCCUGGGGAUGUUGUGUCCGUUGGACGUUCUACUGGUCAGAAUGGAGAAGAUAAGUCUGUACCGGCAGACAUGCUUAUAUUGGGUGGGAGUGCUAUUGUGAAUGAAGCCAUUCUUACAGGCGAGUCUACACCCCAGUGGAAGGUUUCAAUCACAGGUAGGGGAAGUGAGGAGAAGUUGUCAGCUAAGCGUGAUAAAAGCCAUGUUCUUUUUGGUGGGACAAAGAUAUUGCAGCAUACACCAGAUAAGACCGCUCAUCUGAAAACCCCUGAUGGUGGCUGCUUGGCUGUUGUUUUACGUACCGGGUUUGAAACAAGCCAAGGGAAACUAAUGCGGACAAUUUUAUUUUCUACGGAGAGGGUUACUGCUAACAGCUGGGAAAGUGGGUUCUUUAUUUUGUUCUUAGUCGUAUUUGCAGUAAUAGCAGCUGGUUAUGUACUUAAAAAGGGGCUGGAGGAUCCAACUAGGAGCAAAUACAAACUUUUCCUUAGUUGUUCACUAAUUAUUACUUCUGUGAUCCCCCCCGAGUUGCCAAUGGAGUUAUCAAUAGCUGUUAAUACAUCUCUAAUUGCACUGGCUCGGCGUGGGAUUUUUUGUACGGAACCUUUUCGUAUUCCGUUUGCUGGAAAGGUUGAUAUAUGUUGUUUUGAUAAAACCGGGACACUCACAUCUGAUGACAUGGAGUUCUCUGGAGUCGUUGGAUUGACGAACAUCAUGGAUAUAGAAACAGAUAUGACUAAAGUGCCUGUCCGGACAAUGGAAAUUCUUGCUUCUUGUCAUGCCUUGGUAUUUGUGGACAACAAGCUGGUCGGUGAUCCUCUUGAGAAGGCUGCACUUAAGGGAAUAGAGUGGUCAUAUAAAUCCGAUGAGAAGGCAAUGCCAAAAAAGGGAGCUGGCAAUGCGGUUCAGAUUGUGCAGAGACACCAUUUUGCAUCACACUUGAAACGAAUGGCGGUUGUUGUUCGUGUUCAGGAGCAGUUCUUUUGUUUUGUGAAGGGUGCACCAGAAACCAUUCAGGAUAGACUUACUGAUCUGCCGGCAUCAUAUGUUAACACCUACAAGAAAUACACACGCCAAGGAUCUCGUGUUUUGGCUCUAGCUUUCAAGUCCCUUCCAGAAAUGACAGUUAGUGAAGCUAGAAGCCUGGAUAGAGACAUGGUGGAGAAUGGGCUAACUUUUGCUGGUUUUGCGGUAUUUAACUGUCCUAUUAGAGGUGAUUCAGCCAGUGUUUUGUCUGAAUUGAAAAGAUCAUCCCAUGACUUGGUGAUGAUUACUGGUGAUCAAGCUUUGACAGCUUGCCAUGUUGCGAGUCAAGUUCAUAUUAUUUCAAAACCAGCGCUGAUUCUUGGUCCAGCAAAGAGCAAUGGAGGAUAUGAAUGGGUGUCACCCGAUGAGACUGAGAUUCUAAGCUACAGUGAGAAUGAGGUUGAAGCUUUAUCAGAGGCUCAUGAUCUUUGUAUUGGAGGUGACUGCUUUGAAAUGUUGCUGCAGAAUCAGGCCGUUCUUAAAGUCAUUCCAUAUGUGAAGGUUUUUGCAAGGGUUGCACCGGAGCAAAAAGAACUCAUCAUGACCACUUUUAAAACAGUAGGGAGGAUGACACUGAUGUGCGGCGAUGGAACUAAUGAUGUUGGAGCUCUAAAACAGGCACAUGUAGGAGUGGCGCUAUUGAAUGCAAUACCUCCAAUCCAAAAUGAUAACUCUUCAUCCGAGACAUCAUCUAAAAGUGGAACUACAAAGUCUGCCAAACAAAAGAAACCGAAGCCUGUGAUAGAAGCAGGUAAAGUUACCAAUGUGAACGGAGAAGGCCCUUCAAAGAGUAGAGCUCUCACAAAGUCAGAAUCCACCAGCCACUCAGCUGGUAACCGCCAUUUGACCGCUGCAGAGAUGCAACGGCAGAAGCUGAAGAAGCUCAUGGAUGAGAUGAAUGAGGAGGGUGAUGGUCGCGCAGCUCCCAUUGUCAAACUUGGGGAUGCCUCAAUGGCAUCACCAUUUACAGCUAAGCAUGCGUCAGUUUCCCCAACCACUGAUAUAAUUCGUCAGGGCCGUAGUACCCUGGUGACUACUCUCCAGAUGUUCAAGAUACUUGGUCUUAACUGCCUUGCAACUGCCUACGUGCUGAGUGUUAUGUACUUGGAUGGUGUAAAGUUGGGUGAUGUUCAAGCUACGAUCAGUGGGGUUUUUACAGCAGCCUUUUUUCUGUUUAUCUCACAUGCUCGGCCCCUUCCUACACUUUCAGCUGAACGGCCACAUCCUAAUAUUUUCUGCGCCUAUGUCUUCCUCUCUCUCCUAGGACAGUUUGCUCUUCACCUAGUUUUCUUGAUUUCUUCUGUGAAAGAAGCAGAGAAAUACAUGCCUGAUGAAUGUAUUGAGCCGGACUCUGAUUUCCACCCCAACCUGGUGAAUACAGUUUCAUACAUGGUAAACAUGAUGAUUCAGGUGGCCACCUUUGCUGUGAACUACAUGGGUCAUCCUUUCAACCAGAGUGUUUCCGAGAAUAAACCAUUUUUGUAUGCCCUUAUGGCCGCCGUUGGUUUUUUCACAAUUGUUACCUCUGACUUACUCCGGGACUUGAAUGACUGGUUAAAACUGGUGCCUUUGCCUGUAGCAUUGAGGGAUAAGCUGAUGAUAUGGGCAUUUCUCAUGUUCUUGUGCUGCUACACGUGGGAGAGACUAUUAAGAUGGGUUUUCCCUGGUAAGACUCCAGCUUGGAGAAGACGACAACGGCAGGCUACAGCUAACUCAGAAAAAUUAAAAAAGCAACUUUGAAUGAAAGGAUACCUAAAUGAAGCAGCAACUGUGUCAGCGCCUAGUGCCGAAAGGAAAGUUGGCUAUGUUGACAGAAAGGAAGGUGAUGUAGCAGAACAGCUUCUCAAUACGUACACUCAUAUAUAUAUAUUCUUAUUCAACCUAUAGGUGGCAAUUUUGGAUCAAUCUGUUUCCUCUAAUUUUUUUUUUUUUUUGGUCGAGAGGGAUGUUAUGUCAGUGGUGUUGAAAUAACUAUAACUUAAUGUGGUAUCAUUUAUUGGAGGCUUUAUCUUGGACCGCAGCCCUGAACCUCGUUAUAUGCAUUAACAUUAUUAAACCUGACUUGAAAAUUAUUCUAUUCAAUUUUACUUUCAAGAUUGCAA